ACCAAAUUAAGGACGCACCAACAAAACUGCCACACGUCCUCCACAAUAUAUGCAUGCUUCUGCUCUGACUGAUGGUCUCCAAUCAAGAAACACAGCUCAUAUGGAAGAAGAAAUAGAUGAAAUGACUGCCCUUUCCCUUGGCAUUGGAGCUACUAGCCAGCACUCCAAAUAUAAGAGAGGCACUGGCUCCAAUCCAAAAUCACCUAUCGGAUUCAGUCUCCAGUUCCCAGAUCAAGGUGACGACGAGAACAGCGAUGGCCACACGAGGAAGAAGCUACGUCUUUCCGAUGAACAGGUCAUGUUACUUGAAGGCGUCUAUGGAGAACAUUGCACUCUUGAUACUUCUAUGAAGCAAGGGCUGGCGAAGAGGCUGAAUGUAAAACCGCAGCAAGUCGAAGUCUGGUUUCAGAACAGAAGAGCCAGGAGCAAGCAGAAGCAUAUCGCAGCAGAUUACGAUUAUUUGAAGAGAAAGUCUGAAAGGCUAAUCAAGGAGAACCAGAAGCUGAAGAUGGAGCUCCAAGAACUGACGAGUAUAUCUCACCGUGGCUGUACUCAAAAUGGCUUGAAUUUAGUUUCCGUCUGCUCAUUCUGCAACCAGAUUUUCAGAGACCACCAUGGUCAUAAGAAAUUCUAAAGUAUAUACGUGUAGAUCAGUAUCUUACAUCUGAGACAGCUAGGAUUUACUUCAGGAUUUGUUUUACAAAAGAUAUGGCAGUGAAAUGUAAAUAAUGGGAAAUAGUGUUUUCCUUGCUGAAUAAAAAGCGAUGCAUUCAUAUAAAAUAGUAGUACCCUU